UUGUAGUUCGUCUUUCUCUUACCCAACUCGAUCUUGUUUAUUUCCCAAAGCGUUGGCAAAAAGAUCCACCCGAACUGGAGCUUGCAAAAGAUUAUGUCAACUUUUAUAGCCACUCACAAUCGCAAGCCCCGGAAACUCCAACAUCAUAUGAAUCAUCCAGUAAAAGUAUCUCUCAACUCCGGUAUAUGCGUAUCCAUCGACUUUCAGGGGAAAUCGCAAGCAAGAUUGCAACUGACCCUGAUAAGUGUGUAGAUUUUAUGUCAUACCUCGAGAAGUACUUAGAGGCACUAUAUGUUGACGAUGCUGUUUCAACUUCUUACGAGAAUGCGUCAGCAUCCUCGAAACAUCCAAUAAUCAACAAUCCUAUCAAGUGUAAGGCUGUUGG